UGUCAGCCAAUCAGGUGCCGAGGUUUCAUAUUGAACCUUUGUUUUGGUCCGCGAAGUUUGCAAUUUCUCCACAACGAUAGCAUUCCACCUCAACUUUUGUACCCGGUAACGAUGAAGCUAUCCGAUAUUAAGAAACUUAAAGUGGCCGAACUUCGGUCGAGGCUCAAACAAGCGGGUUUGGACAGCCGAGGCCUUAAGGACGACCUUGUGGAGCGGUUGUGGUCUUUACUGGAUGACGAUGGCCACAAAAAGAACCCACACGAGCGCGACGUUCAACCACAAGUUCAACCCUCUCCUCCACCGGUAUCAGCCAGGACCGCAGAAAUUGUUGCGGCCUCCUCAUCCUCUCUACUUUUAUCCUCUUCCCACACGGAACCAGCCAGUGUCACCCCGCCGUGCGGAGCAGCAAACCAAACUCGAGAGUUCUCUGACUCGGCCACGCAAACGGAAGCUGAAAGCAUCCCAGGGUGUCCGUCACCUGUUGAUGAUGGCUGUCAAGCCGAGAAGAGCAAGCUGAAGCCGGCGGCGGCAGAGGAGGAGCGAGGGCGAGCGUUUUACGAGUUUAAAGAGGAGAUACGGUACAAAAGAGCCAAACUACCACCAGCUCCACCGGAGGAAGAUGAGUCAAAAAAGGAAGAUGAAGAUGCACUCAAAUUGCAUUCAUACGACAGUCACCUGCACUUCCAAGUGGGCCCUGACGGCGCUUGCGGCCAGCCGCGAUUCUGGGAUAGAUUCCCUCUGUUGUGGUCCGGGUGCAGACUCACCCACGGUGUGUCGCAAGGCAGGGUGGGCUUCGAGGUGAGGUUGGAGAGGAGGUUAUUGAGCCCUCUGCCGGAUGACCCGGAAAGCGACCAGUCCUACGGGAUGCGGAUAGGAUGGUCCUUGAUCCAAACAUCCCUACUGCUCGGAGAAGAAGUGUUUUCUUUCGCAUAUGAUGGACGUGCUAAGAAAGUCACGUGUGGGAGAGAAGAAGAGUUUGGGGAGCCAUUUUGUGAAGGAGACAUCAUUGGUUGUUAUGCCUCUUUUUCCACAGAUGGCGGCGUUCAGCUCUCCUUCCACAAAAAUGGCCGUUUUCUAGGAGUGGCCUUUUCCCUGGAUGCGUCCGAGCUUGGAGGACGUGCUCUGUUCCCUCACGUGCUCUGUAAGAGCUGUGCGGUUCGUUUGCUCUUGGAUCCCACGGCUCCCCCCUGGUACCCCGUUCCUCCGGGCUUCACCCCACUGGCGGCGAUCCCGGCCCGUCUGAGACAUCCCAACGCGACUGCGCCGAGCUCCAGAGCGCAGAGUGAAAUGUUGUUGAUGGUGGGUCUCCCUGGUUCCGGUAAGAGCCACUGGGCCAGAGCUCACAUACGGCAGAAUCCGGGGAAAAACUACAAGCUGUUGGGCACCGAGGAGCUGCUCUCGUGCAUGAUGAGCGGGGGUGCCCGGGAACGUCAGCUGCAGCAGGCCGCCUUGUGUCUGACCGAGUUAAUCAAAAUAGCCGCUCACACGCCAGGCAACUACAUCCUUGACCAGUGCAACACUCUCUUCUCUGCACAGCGUUACAAGCUGCAACUGUUCUCCGACUUCGGGCGGCGCGCAGCAGUUGUGCUUUUUCCUUCGGCGGACGAGUGGAAAAGAAGACUGUCAAAGCGCCGAAAGGACGGCGACCACAUUCCCGAGACUGCCCUGCUCAAACUGCAAGUCAGCUGCAGUCUUCCCGAGCAGCUCGCAGACAUCUUGGACGAAUUGCGCUACGUGGAGCUGGAGCAGGAAACGGCGCAGGCGCUGCUGCAGGAGUACAAAGACGAGGCCCGACGGCUGCUGCCGCCUGUUCCCAAAUCAGAGAAACCCAAGAAGUAUCUGCUGAAGAAAAGACCGCACCCGCACGGGCCUCCUCUUCCCCCUCACUCGAUCAGGACAAGCGGAUUGAACAGCCGGAAUAACAUGCAGUGUUGGAGCCAGCAUUGGAAUGUGCCUUAUGACCAAACCGUGUACUACUGCAGUGGCUAUGAUGGCUACUCAUGAAGAACCGGAAAUGGAAAGGAAAGCUAAUAUUAUGCAAUCCCUGCUUUCAACAAUCAAACUGGAUUAAUAUUAACAACAAAACUGCCAUUUCCCUGAAGUGCCGAUUGGGUUUUUAAUUGUACAAUGUGGAAUCGUAGAUUGAA